AUGCCGCAGCUGGACGGAGGAGGGGGGGAUGAUUUGGGGGCCAACGACGAGUUGAUUUCGUUUAAAGACGAGGGGGAACAGGAGGAAAAGACAGCCGAGAAUGUGUCCUCUGAGCGGGACCUGGACGAUGUCAAGUCCUCGCUGGUCAACGAGACAGAGAACAACAGCAGUUCGUCUGACUCCGAGGUAGCUAGUUUGUCUAGCUAGCUAACGUUAAUGGGACGGAAGAUUGAAUCACUAUAUAAACUACUGCAGUACAGUACUAACCUUUGUCUUCUAACUACCAAUCUACUGUGUUGUUUGACAAACAAUGUGUGUGUUUGUCAGCAGGCAGACAAUCACAGACGUCCCCAGCAGCACAGACCAGAUUGGGAGAGCUAUGUCAGGCAGAGAGAGUUCUUUGCAGAAGGUAACUAAAACUUUACAAAACUAUAACUGUAGCUCUCCCUCCGAUCCUUCAUAUGAGUGCCCCCUCUCUCCCCCACUUUAUCUCUCUAUCCCCUACGAUUUCUCUUCUCCUAAAUUGUCUUUCCAUAUCUCUUUCUACCUCCCAGUCUCCCUCUAUCUCCCCAUUCAUUUAAAUAAGCUUUGUUGAAAUGAAGUCAUUUUACACCCCUUACAAGAAACAACCAAUACCCUCCUAUCUCCCCCACCAUCCCAUUCUCUCUCUCUCUCAAUUCAAUGAGCACUGUUGACCCCUGUCUAUCCCCCAGCUCUGAGGAGGCAGUGGGUCAGCAGUUGCUAAAGUUAACUCUGUGUGUGUGUCUCUUUCCCAGCUCUGAGACAGCAACACGACAGUGGAUUGUUCAAGGCAUCUCCAUAUGCUGGCUAUCCCUUACUGAUGAUCCCUGACCUGGGUAACCUAGCCAACCUGAGUCACCUGGGAAACCUUGGCAACCCCUACCUCUCUCCUGGAGCCCUCUCACCCGGGGCCAGGACGGUGAGUCAGUCACACAUGCAUAAACAUGCAUUACACACUCACACUAUUAUUUUUGCAAGGACGGCCGCUAGACUAACAUAGCUUUCUGUGUGGUGUAUGGUGAGGUGGUGUGUGGUGUAUGGUGAGGUGGUGUGUGUAUCUAUUGUGUGAUGUCUGGUUGUGUGUGUUAUAAGGGACAGUGAAUGAUGAGUUAUGUGUGUGCGCUGACUCUGAGCAGUGUAAUGUGUCUCCUUACGAUUAAUGGUGUGUUAUGAUAACACACUAGCGUUACGGCAGCAGGCCUCAACACCGCCCUGCUAAAACGCUGAUGCAGGAAUGUGUGCGAGUUUGAGAGAGACAAAUGGAUAGAUGCUACAGUAUUUCUGUCAUCACCAUCCAUUUGUAACUGUUAGUUGUAGUUAACAUUGUUUUUUGUUUGCUUUCUGUGUUUUGGGGCUGAGGCCCUAUUUGGGUUUAUCUACUCUAAAUCCUUUCUGUUUGUGUGUAAGAAGACAUUAAGCCUUAGAUCAGAAUGUUAGCGUUUUUACUCUGAUGUGAAAAAGAUUAUCUUCGACACAACUGGCAGUAGUUGCUUUUUCCAUGUAUGUUUACCCCCGACUCGCAAACCCUGCCUGCCUCUACAUUCCCCUCCCCAUGUAUUAAUGAGCUAUUGUUGUCAUGAGGAGGAGGCGGAGAAGCUCAAUGGACCUAAUGCUCUCCACAGGAGAUCAUUACCACACACACAGUGGAGGUUGUGUUGACUUUAGGCAGCACCGUGGUUGAUACUCCUUUCUCCUCCCCAUUAGAUGGUAUGUGUGUGAGAGAUGCCCGCCUCUCUGUCUGAGUGAAGAUCUACAUACUAAUGUUAACUGUACAAUAGCUGAAUCAUAGCAAACCACCAUGUGUGCUGUGUCCAGCAUCUACCCUCACCAAAAUAUGGACCAAAAACUCUAAGGGUAUCCAAAACAGUAAGGGGGAAAUCAGGUACACUCUAGACCAGGACUGGGUGUUACGUCUGUAGCGCUCCAGGAUCAGGGCUUGAUAUUGGUGGAAACCCUGAGCCCCCCCCCCCCCACGAAUACUGUAACCCAUAGUAACCCCCAGGGAGAGUUGCUCAGGACCCUUUCCUCUUUUAACACACGCACACUUUUGAGUUGGAGUUCGACGGGAGUGUUGGGGAUGGUUCCAGAAGUGUGCCUCAGGUUGCUGAUUUUACUCACUUAGUGAGCUUUCAGCACACACACUUGGUUGUCAGUCACCCCUAGGCAUUAGUGAAUUUGAGGAGGGGAUGUGUGGAGAGAUUACUGACACUGUUCUAACACGUCUCUCUACCUCUCUCACUCUCUCUUUGUGAAUGGUGUGUGUGUAAAGGUUAGUGCUGUCGACAGCCUUCUCUCCUGGUAUUUUAAGUCCAGUGAGACAAUGUGGAGUAAACACGAGCCAGAGGGCCUCACACUUUACAUAAACACACACUGCAACCUUUACACACACACACACAAAGAGAGAGAGACAGACCUGAAGAGUGAACUCACAUGGGACGAUGAGGUCAGUUGCACAAAGUCUGCAAGGCUGACAUGGAGUUGACUUUUGUGUUCCCAACAGACCUGGGCAGAAAAUAUGAGUUUUUAUUAUAGUAGUUUAUUUUAAAAUGCCACCUUAAAAAAAAAACUUGAGAUAGUUUGUAUAGAAUGUCAACUAAAAGGCAACAAUUUUCUUUGAUAUUCAAAUACAGGUCUCAGAAAACCCAAUAAUAUUUGAAGGUAUUAGAAUAUAUGCACGUUAUUUGAAAAUAAAUAUUUAUCUGAUGGCUGGCAAAUAUUUGACGAAGAACCAAAAACUACAAAGGUUAGUUGAAUUGGUCUAAAUACAGUGAGGGAAAAAAGUAUUUGAUCCCCUGCUGAUUUUGUACGUUUGCCCACUGACAAAGAAAUGAUCAGUCUAAUUGUAAUGGUAGGUUUAUUUGAACAGUGAGAGACAGAAUAACAACAAAAAUCCAGAAAAACGCAGGUCAAAAAUGUUCUAAAUUGAUUUGCAUUUUAAUGAGGGAAAUAAGUAUUUGAGCCCCUCCCAUUCAGAAAGAUUUCAGAUAACGAGCUGAGAUUAGGAGCACACUCUUAAAGGGAGUGCUCCUAAUCUCAGUUUGUUACCUGUAUAAAAGACACCUGUCCACAGAAGCAAUCAAUCAGAUUCCAAACACGCCACCUUGGCCAAGACCAAAGAGCUCUCCAAGGAUGUCAGGGACAAGAUUGUAGACCUACACAAGGCUGGAAUGGGCUACAAGAUCAUCGCCAAGCAGCUUGGUGAGAAGGUGACAACAGUUGGUGCGAUUAUUUGCAAAUGGAAGAAACACAAAAGAACUGUCAAUCUCCCUCGGCCUGGGGCUCCAUGCAAGAUCUCACCUCGUGGAGUUGCAAUGAUCAUGAGAACGGUGAGGAAUCAGCCCAGAACUACACGUGAGGAUCUUGUCAAUGAUCUCAAGGCAGCUGGGAACAUAGUCACCAAGAAAACACACUACGCCGUGAAGGACUGAAAUCCUGCAGCGCCCGCAAGGUCCCCCUGCUCAAGAAAGCACAUGUACAGUCCCGUCUGAAGUUUGCCAAUGAACAUCUGAAUGAUUCAGAGGAGAACUGGGUGAAAGUGUUGUGGUCAGAUGAGACCAAAAUUGAGCUCUUUGGCAUCAACUCAACUCGCCGUGUUUGGAGGAGGAGGAAUGCUGCCUCUGACCCCAAGAACACCAUCCCCACCGUCAAACAUGGAGGCGGAAACAUUAUGCUUUGGGGGUGUUUUUCUGCUAAGGGGACAGGACAACUUCACCGCAUCAAAGGGACGAUGGACGGGGCCAUGUACCGUCAAAUCUUGGGUGAGAACCUCCUUCCCUCAGCCAGGGCAUUGAAAAUGGGUCGUGAAUGGGUUUUCCAGCAUGACAAUGACCCAAAACACAUGGCCAAGGCAACAAAGGAGUGGCUCAAGAAGAAGCACAUUAAGGUCCUGGAGUGGCCUAGCCAGUCAACUUGGUGGCCAACUACAAGAAACGUCUGACCUCUGUGAUUGCCAACAAGGGUUUUGCCACCAAGUACAUGUUUUGCAAAUCAAUUUAUAACAUCAUGUGAAUGCACCAAUUUGUAAGUCGCUCUGGAUAAGAGUGUCUGCUAAAUGACGAUAAUGUAAAUGUAAAUAACAGUUUUGACAUGCGUUUUUCUGUUGUUAUUCUGUCUCUCACUGUUCAAAUAAACCUACCAUUAAAAUUAUAGACAGAUGUCUUUGUCAGUGGGCAAACGUACAAAAUCAGCAGGGGAUCAAAUACUUUUUUCCCUCACUGUAUAUGAUCAUAAGCACAUGGUUUUGGAGGACUCUUGGAUAUGCAUCUUAAUAUAACAAUGAAAGGCCCAGUUCAGUCAAAAAUGUGAUCUUCCUGUUUUAUACACUGCCUUCAGAAAGUAUUCAUGCCCCUGGACUUGUUUGAAAAUGUUUUGUUACAAGCUAAAAUUUAAAAAGGAUAAAAAUAUAUAUCUCACCCAUCUACACACAAUAUCCCAUAAUGACAAAGUGAAAACAUAUUUUCAGAAAUGUUUGCACAAGUAUUAAAUGAAAUACAGAAAUAUCUUAUUUACAGUAGUGCCUUCGGAAAGUAUUCAGACCCCUUCACCUUUCCCACAUUUUGUUACAGCCUUAUUCUAAAAUGGAUUUUAAAAAAUUUUUUACAGGCAAUGACAAAGCGAAAACAGGGUUUAGAAAUAUUUGCAAAUGUAUUACAAAUAAAAUAACAAAUACCUUAUUUACAUAAGUAUUCAGAACCUUUGCUAUGAGACUCGAAAUUGAGCUCAGGUGCAUCCUGUUUCCGUUGAUCAUCCUUGAUGUUGCUACAACUUGAUUGGAGUCCACCUGUGGUAAAUUCAAUUGAUUGGACAUGAUUUGGAAAGGCACAUACCUGUCUAUAUAAGGUCCCACAGUUGACAGUGCAUGUCAGAGCAGAAACCAAGCCAUGAGGUCGAAUGAAUUGUUUGUAGAGCCCCGAGACAGGAUUGUGUCGAGGCAAAGAUCUGGGGAGGGGUAUCAAAAAAAAUGCAGCUUUGAAGGUCCCCAACAACACAGUGGCCUCCCAUCAUUCUUAAAUUGAAGAAGUUUGGAACCACCAAGACUCUUCCUGGAGCUGGCCAAACUGAGGAAUCUGGGGAGAAGGGCCUUGGUCAGGGAUGUGACCAAGAACCUGAUGGUCACUGACAGAGCUCCAGAGUUCCUCUGUGGAGAUGGGAGAACCUUCCAGAAGGACAACCAUAUCUGCAGCACUCCACCAAUCAGGCCUUUAUGGUAGAGUGGACAGACGGAAGCCACUCCUCAGUAAAAGGCACAUGACAGCCCGCUUGGAGUCUGCCAAAAGGCACCUAAAGGACUCUCAGACCAUGAGAAACAAGAUUCUCUGGUCUGAUGAAACCAAGAUUGAACUCUUUGGCCUGAAUGCCAAGCGUCACGUCUGGAGGAAAUCUGGCACCGCUCAUCACCUGGCAUAUACCGACCCUACAGUGAAGCAUGUUGGUGGCAGCGUCAUGCUGUGGGGGGAUGUUUUUCAGCGGCAGGGACUGGGAGACUAGUCAGGAUCAAGAGAAAGAUUAAUCAAGCAAAGUACAGAGAGAUCCUUGAUGAAAUCCUGCUCCAGAGCACUCAGGACCUCAGACUGGGGCGAAGGUUCACCUUCCAACAGGAGAACAAUCCUAAGCACACAGCCAAGACAACGCAGGACUGUCUUCGGGACAAGUCUGAAUGAAUGUCCUUGAGUGGCCCAGCCAGAGCCCAGACUUUAACCCAAUCGAACAUCUCUGGAGAGACCUGAAAAUAGCUGUGCAGCGACGCUCCCUAUCCAACCUGACAGAGCUUGAGAGGAUCUGCAGUGAAGUAUGGUAGAAACUCCCCAAAUACAUGUAUUCCAAGCUUGUAGCAUCAUACCCAAGAAGACUCGAGGCUGUAAUCACUGCCAAAGGUGCUUCAACAAAGUACUGAGUAAAUGUGAUAUUUUUGCUAAAUAUUCUAACGACCUAUUUUUGCUUUGUCAUUGUGGGGUAAGGUGUGUAGAUUGAUGGGGGGGGGGGGGAAACAAUGUAAUACAUUUCAGAAUAAGGCUGUAACGUAACAAAAUGUGGAAAAAGUAAAGGGGUCUGAAUACUACAUUCAAUAUCGUCUUGGUAAUCAACUCCAGUAGAUAUUUGGCCUUGUGUUUUAGUUUUAUUGUCCUGCUGAAAGGUGAAUUUGUCUCCCAAUGUCCUCUAGGAUUUUGACUGCGCUUAGCUCUAUUCCGUUUAUUUUUUAUCCUAAAAAACUUGCUGAUAACAAUCAUACCCUUAACAUGAUGCAGCCACCACCAUGCUUGAAAAUUGUGUGUUGUGUUGUGUUGGAUUUGCCAGAAAUAUUACACUGUGUUCAGGACCUAAAGUACAUUUCUUUGCCACAUUUUUUGCAGUUUUACUUUAGGGCCUUAUUUCAAACAGGAUGCAUGUUUUGAAAUAUUUGUAUUCUGUACAGGCGUCCUUCUUUUCACUCUUUCAUUUAGGUUAGUAUUGUGGAGUAACUACAAUGUUAUUGAUCCAUCCUCAGUUUUUGCCAAUCACAGCCAUUAACUGUUUUAAAGUCACCAUUGGCCUCUUGGUGAAAUCCCUGAGCGGUUGCCUUCCUCUCUGGCAACUGGCAAAUCAGACUGUUAAAUAGUCUAGUCACCACUAGCCGGUACCCUGCCCUGAACUUUAGUCACUGUCACUAGUCAGCUACCACCCGGUUACUCUACCAUGCACCUUAGAGGCUGCUGCCCUAUAUACACCGAACAAAAAUAUCAACGCAACAUUCAACAAUUUCAAAGAUUUUACUGAAUUACAGUUCAUAUAAGGAAAUCAGUAAAUUGAAAUACAUUAAUUAGACCCUAAUCUAUGGAUUUCACAUGACUGGGAAUACAGAUAUGCAUCUGUUGGUCACAGAUACCUUUAAAACAAAAAGGAGGGGUGUGGAUCAGAAAACCAGUCCGUAUCUGCUGUGACCACCAUUUGCCUCGUAGCGCAACAUCUACUUCGCAUAGAGUUGAUCAGGCUGUUGAUUGUGGCCUGUGGAAUGUAGUCCUACUUCUCUUCAAUUGCUGUGCGAAUUUGCUAGAUAUUGACGGGAACUGGAACGCGCUGUCGUGCGUGUCGAUCCAGAGCAUCCCAAACAUGCUCAAUGGUUGACAUGUCUGGUGAGUAUGUGCCGUAUGCCAUCUGCCCGGUACAGUUGAAACCAGGAUUAAUCUGUGAAAAGCACUCUUCUCUCGCGUGUGCCAGUGGCCAUCGAAGGUGAGCAUUUGCCCACUGAAGUUGGACACGUCACCGAACUGCAAUCAGGUCAAGACCCUGGUGAGGAUGACGAGCAUGGAGAUGAGCUUCCCUGAGACUGUUUCUGACAGUUUGUGCAGAAGUUCUUCUGUUGUGCAAACCCACAGUUUCCGAUUGCCUAAUUCUCUAAAACGACAGAGGCGGCUUAUGGUAGAGAAAUUAACAUUAAAUUCUCUGGCAACAGCUCUGGUGGACAUUGCUGCAGUCAGCAUGCCCAUUGCACACUCCCUCAACUUGAGGCAUCUGUGACAUUGUGUUGUGGGACAAAACUGCAAGUUUUAGUGGCCUUUGAUUGUCCCCAGUACAAGGUGCGCCUGUGUAAUGAUCAUGGUGGUUAAUCAGCUUCUUGAUAUGCCACACCGGUCAGAUGGAUGGAUUAUCUUGGCAAAGGAGAAAUGCUCACUAACAGGGAUGUAAACAUUUGUGCACAAUUUGAGAGAAAUAAGCUUUUUGUGCGUAUGGAACAUUCCUGUGAGCUUUUAUUUCAGCUCAUGAAACAUGGGACCAACACUUUACAUGUUGCGUUUUAUAUUUUUGUUCAGUUUAAGAACACAAUGGUAUGCUAAUUUAAAAUAUAGUCAUUAUUAGCCUGGUUCUGUAUGGAAUGCAGUACAUUAUGGGACACAGGUCAAAUUGGUGCGACCAAAGCAGUUGCUGGUGCCAUCAACUGAAAACAGUUAGCACCAGUGCCAUCAGUGGGAAAAAGUUUGUCUAGAGCCCUGCUGACAUGGAUGAUUGACUGGGCCGGAAGUUUUCCAAAACCUCCCCGUGUCAGCGGGCAGUCCUGUAUGUCGAACCCUGUGCUCACCUUUUCAGUUAUGGUGAAUAGCGUUCACAAACCAAUCACUCUAAAUUAAGUUGGGUGUGGGUGGAGGGAGGGAGGGGGGUGUUGGUGUGUGUGGUUUGUGUCUUUGUGUUUUGUAAUAAGCAGUAAGUUUAGCCUCCAGCCAUGCAGUAACAUCAUGAUUGUACAGCUAACUACCGAUUGUUCAGGGAUAAAGAGAGGGAAAGGCAGAGUUGUGUAGGCUUCAUCAGUAUGGUAUUUAUAACAGCUGGUUUCAGUUAGAACUCACAGCCAGAACUUCCUGGGGCCUUGGGAUGGGGGUAUAUAUAUGUGUGUGUGUAGUGGAGGCUGGAGUAUGUUUGUGUGUGUGAGAGAGGGCGCAAUGGAGAGAAUGGAGGGCUGCUCAGACCCACUCUCCCUCCCUGUCUCACACAGACACACAGGGCCUACACUUUCUCUCCUUGUGCAGUGAACACACUCCCUGCACAGGCAAACACUUAUGUUCUUGUGGUCCUCAUUAUUUGAGUUUUAUUUGACCUGCCACACAAUGGGACCCUUAUUCAUGACGUGCGUGUGCUCUAGGUUUGUUUUUUCCACAACUGAAAGUCAGCGACUCAGCAUAGCAUGUUGGUCUGCUGUGAACAGUAUAACACAUUCCCUGACGCUCUCGCUCUCACUUCCAUUUUUAGCCCUGUAUCUUAUCCUUCCUUCCUUCCUGUCUCACCUCCUUUGAGUGGUGACUGACCACUGAGCUGUUGUGCUGUACUUUAAAGCACUGGUGUUUGUGUGUGUGUGCGCUGCUUUUCUCAACGAAAGUGCUCCCACACAUAAACCCUCAUGUAGAGACGUACAGCUGGAGUCUGACUGAUACACUCACCAGAUGUCUGUAGAAAGUAAUCCGACCAGGACCCAUGUGGAGAGUCAUCGGAAUUCACUUCUCGCCCUCUCACCUUUCACACUGUAACACACAGCCACACAUCCUCCCAGCUGUACCCAUUUCAUGAUAUGUCGUGUUUGUCCAUCUUUUUUUAUUGCAAAAAUCUAUGAAUCUAUUUCAAAUCUAUUUAAUCUAUUAAUUAUAUCUCUCCCUAUUCCUCUCUGUCUCUCUCUCCAGUAUCUACAGAUGAAAUGGCCCAUGCUGGAUGUUCCUGGAACCUCUGCUUUAAAAGACCCUCACUCCCCCUCCCCUGCUCACAUGGUGGGUGUGUGUGUGUGUGUUAGGGCUGUGCCGUAUACCGCGUUUGACUAUAUACCGGUAUUGAUGCACGGACCGCUUUGGGUUUUUACUUUACCUUCUAUAACGGUUUUUCAGUGUUUGGUUUGUUAAAUGUGAUACGCUACUCCGCCGUGUGUAGCGUCCAUUUUUAUAGUGUACUCCGCUACUUGAGAGGUCUCUCUCCUCUCCCUUUCUCUCUCUCUCUCUUUCCAUGCCACUUUCCACACAGACCAAGCCCCACCCCUGUCACUCAAGGAGCACCGAGUCGUUGCGUUCAGUUUGCAUGGUCAAUGCAGCACAUGCAACAAGAUGUUGAUGACAACGAUGCUGAUUUCCACUUUGCUUAAAAUAAAUCUACAAGCGUUCUAUAAUUACACUUAGUUUGUAUAUCUUACUGUCUGCAAACAGCUACUUUGUGUUAGCAUGUUGUGGAUAAAAUUAAUUGUUUUUGCCUCUAAUGCUAAUCGCUAGUUAGAUGGCUGGCUAGCUAACUAGCUAGCUAAUAAAUGUACUGAGUCAGAGCGAAUGUAGCUAGCUAAUACAGCCUUAUACUAGUGAUGGUGUGGGCCUAAAUCAGCAUGUUUCUUCUAAAUCAAAGAGGAAUAGGCGAAGCAUGAAUGUUAGCUACAUGAAGUAGCUAAGAUAACAUUUUAAUGUAACCAAAGGUUAUAGGGUCCCCUAGGAAACACUGACCAACACUUUGGUUUCUACCCUGUCACAAUAACUACUCCCUGGCUUUUUCAUUCGUUGUCAUGUCAAACACUGUAUUCGAAGUGCCCGCUAUUAUAUUCUAACUAUAGAAUUAGAAUAAUCAAAUAAUAUUGUAUUUGUCACAUGCUUCGUAAACAACAGGUCUGGACUAACAGUGAAAUGCUUACUUACCAUUCUAUUUCCAGGAUUCCAACAGUUUCCCCCAAGUGUUUGAUCUAAAUUGCAAGUCAAAUCUUAAUUGCAAUAUUUUGUUAAAAAUAAGGCAUAGGUUUUUUGCCCAUAUCGUGCGGCCCUAUGUGGCAGUGAGGAAAUGAUCUCAAAUGAGUGUAGGAAAUGCAGAAAUGGAUGAAAAUGCUGAAAAUAAUUUGCGGUUGAUUGAACAGGAUAAAACAAUCAGAAGAGAGAGACUCAUUGAAAUCAAAAUGUAUUUGUUGCCACCUUAUGGUCAUGCACUACUCAUAAAUCAAAUGUAGAACGUUUAUUAUUCAAAAACAUCAAAUACCAUCUCACCGUAAAAAUAUCGCCCAGCCGUUGUGUGUGCGUGCUUCACAAUCUAGCAACCAUGCAGUGACAAUACCCAUCCUGACUGCCAUCUAAAAGGCCAACUGUUGCACAAGCUAGCUUCUUGCUAAGUACCUGGUCUUUCUUACAACACUUACCCUGGUUUGUAACCCUGCUCUGCUAGUAUAAUCCAUUUAGAUUGUCUCCUAGAGUGCCCCCACAUACACACAAAGCACUCAGGUGACCUGACUCCUGACCUCCCUCACCCUCUCCAGGCUCACACACACCCUCCUGACCUCCCUCAAACUCGCUGCAGACAGACACUGGAAUGUUCAAGCUGAAUAGUGUUAAUCCGCACAGAGACACAGGACUUUCACACCUCCGGGUGGUGUGUGUGUCUCUAAGACAGAGCCAGAGACCGGUGGAGUGAGUGAGUGUGUAUGAAAUUAGCGGGAUUGCAUUCCAGUGAGUAUGUGCCUGUGUGUGUGUGUUGGGUAUCUGAGGAUAGUCCUGCUCUGCCCUGGAGGACUUAUCCCCCUGUCAUUGAUAGUCAGACUGAGAGGCCCUGCCCAGAAACAACCCUAGCCCCUAGGCUCAUAUGUAGAUUUUAAGGCAUUGUACAGUAGGGCUGGGAAUUGCCAGGGACCUUGCGCUACCAUAUUAUCACAAUACUUAGGUGUCGAUACGAAAUGUAUUGCGAUUCUCACAAUACUGAUUUAUUGCGAUUCGAUGUUCCAAACAUAUUGCUCACCGUACGUCUGCUGCAGAGGGACGAGAGUCAUGAUAAAACGAGUUUUAGUCAGUAAUGGAAAUAAAAGUGCUGAAAACUAAUUGGCUUCCUAUUUAAAAAGAUGGAGAACAAGCAAAUAAGGCAAAUAAAUAUUGUGAUAUUGUCAAAACGUUACGAUAUAUUGUCAAAAAUAAUAUCCCGAUAUGUAACUAUCUAAUUUUUUAAAAUAUUUGUAUCCCUAUUGUAUAGCCUUAGCAUGCGCAAUGUAGUGACAAUUCCACCUAGGGGAGAAACUGUGACACCUUGUGACCAGACAGUAUAAACUCUCCUCUGUUCCAAAUCUCUUACUCUCAUCCCUCUCGCUCUCUCCUCUCUCUAGUCCAAUAAGGUACCAGUGGUGCAGCACGGUCACCUGCCCCCCUUCUCUCCCCUCCUGUCCUACAGUCCUGACCCCUUCCCCCCACGAACACCACCUCCUCACCUCUCACCUGACACAGGUAUGGAACCUCCUCAUCCCUCUCGCUAGUCUAUUUGUAACAAUGGAUAUAUAUAUAUAUAUAUGUUGCUCUUUCUCCACUGGCCCCCUCUACCCUCUCCAGGUCUUCCCCGCACUCCCCACCCAGCAGAACUCUCUCCCUACUACCCUCUCUCUCCUGGAGGCAUGGGACACAUGACACACCCUCUGGGCUGGCUGUGAGUCACACAAACACAUACACACUCUCAUUUACAAUCUCAUGAUAAAUGCAAUGAUGGUUUAGUUUAUUUUGCUAACAAUUUCUAGCACAGCAUAUGCUGUUGCAACACAAGUGACACUGUUUCCCCUCCCUCUCUUUGUCUCCAGGCCGGGCCAGUCUAUGUACGGUAUUCCAGCGGGGGGGUUUAGACCAUCCUACCCUGCCGCUCUCGCCAUGAACUCUUCUAUGUCCAGGUACAGCUCACCUAAUCACUCCCACACAUCCACUUAUCACUGCUCUGGAGACUACAUACAAUGGAGACUGGACUUAUAUCUGUAAAGCAGGGGUUCUCAAACUGUUUGGGGCCUCGACCCCUUUUCCUGCAAUUCUACACAAUUUGUCAUGGGGCAGAGAUUUAUGGUGUUGCCGCAUUAAAGCUAAUAUCCUAGAAUUCUACACAUUUGCCAUAAGGCAGAGAGAAAAUGUAGCCUUUUUUUAAAGCUUAAAUUAAAUACAAGAAGUAUUGAGUUGGAGAAUGGGUAAUUGGUCGAGUACUGUGGAUAAUAAUAUAAUAUAAUAUGCCAUUUAGCAGACGCUUUUAUCCAAAGCGACUUACAGUCAUGCGUGCAUACAUUUUUGUGUAUGGGUGGUCCCGGGGAUCGAACCCACUACCUUGGCGUUACAAGCGCCGUGCUCUACCAGCUGAGCUACAGAGGACCACCAUAUUGGAUACCAAUAUCCCGCUGUGAGCCUCCCAGGUCCAUGUUGCCCAGGGUUAAGAACAUAAAUUGUAGAUUAAUAAAAUUGUAUUGUAUUGCACCCUCAACUUAUUACAUGGAUCCCUUGGCCAAAAUGUGUUUAAUCGGUUGUUAGUCAUAUUCAUUAUAAAAAAAUAUAUCAUAAAUAAAUAUAUAUUUUGAGAUCUUGCCGCGGACCCCCGGCAGUACCUCCGUGGACCCACUUUGAGAACCUCUGCUGUAAUAAAUACAAUGUCAUUUUAACAUGAUAUUCAUGCCUUAUUGACCUGUGUGUGUGAUUGACAGCUUGGUGGCCAGUCGUUUCUCGCCCCACAUGGUCCCGUCCCUGCAGACAUCUGUCCCUCACCCUGCCAUCGUUUCCAUGGCGAUCAAACAGGAACCAAGAGACAGCAACCAUCACGGGUACGCAUACACACCUCUUUCUCACACACACACACACACAUGAACACCUCUUGCUGACUCACUGACUCUCUGUCUGGUGUGUGUAGGUGUGGUGUAUCCAUGGGGGACAGAGAGAAAGAGGAGGAGAAGAAGCCCCAUGUGAAGAAGCCUCUGAAUGCCUUUAUGCUGUAUAUGAAGGAGCAGAGACCCAAGGUGGUGGCAGAGUGCACCCUGAAGGAGAGCGCUGCCAUCAACCAGAUACUGGGACGCAGGGUAAGUGGCAGCGAGUACUUGCACACUGUCAUUCUUUUGGGGGAUUAUACAAUGGGAGUGUUCAUACUGAAAGCUGUUGUCGAUGGCCUAUGCUCCGGAAGGGAGUAUGUGUUAACCCUGUGUGUGUAUGCGUCUACAGUGGCACUCGCUGUCUCGUGAGGAGCAGUCAAAGUACUACGAUAUGGCCCGCAAAGAGAGACAGCUACACUCCCAACUCUACCCUGGAUGGUCAGCUAGAGACAACUACGUAAGUACUAUAGUAAAUAUUUAGUAGUGAUUUGAUUGGUUACUUUGAGAGUGAGUGGGAUUGGUUGCUGUGAGAUAAAGGGUGUGAUGUGAUUGGUUGUUUGUGUGCAGGGGAAGAGAAAGAAGAGGAAGAGAGAUGGCAGGCCAGAGACUGCACCAGAUGGACAAAUAACACACACCCAGUCUGCUGCUCCAGAGGGUAAGUGACACACAACACCUCCAAGACCAGAGAAUGAUGAGAACAUGAGAAGUGACCAAACUAUAUUUUUGGACAUAUCUGGAAACUAACAGCAAAGACUGAUGUGUGUUUUAUUUUGUCUCUCCAGAGCAUUUCUCUCCACAGCCCAAGAAGUCGUGUGUGUCGUAUGGAACUCAGGAGAGGCCCUGUGUGUCACACACACACCUGACACACACACACCUGUCCCAGGCUAGUCCCGCCUCCUCCCUGGACUCUCCAUCCACGCCCACCACUGCUCUGGCCUCCCCUGCUGCUCCCGCACCCACACACACCGAACACACACACUCUCACUCUGAGCACACACAUCCCGAGCAGGUCCAGCCCCUCUCCCUCACCACCAAACCCCCUCGCCCACACUCCUACAGGGACACACACGGUCAGACUUAUACCCACAUCCAAUCUCACACACACCCACACUUGUUCACUCACACACACCUCCCCCUGCCCCCCACCCCUAAGACCACUUCAUCUCAAUCCUCCUCUUCCUCCCCCUCUUCCUCUCAUCCCCCCUUUUCUCCCCACAUGAGCUCAUCCAGUAAACAGACUCCGCCGAUCCUUACUGGACCAAUCCCCUUCGCCUCUGGCUUAGCCCCUACCACCUCCAUCCACCAAUCGACGAUGAGCUCCCAUCACGCCAUGCUCCAGUCCCAGCCUCUCUCCCUCGUCACCAGAAAUAAUCAUUGA